GGGUUCGUGCGAAUCCGCAGGGGCUUCCUAUGGACGGAUGGCGAACCGGGACGACGCUGCGAGCUUCGCUCGAGGUACAAGAUCGGCGGCGGAUGUAUGACAGUGCGUGUGCAGAGGAGAGCGUCGCUCAGGAGAGGAUUCGAGGCUGAGAUGAAAGGGAGGAGAGUGCCCUCCUCUCUCCCGAGGGGUGAGCAGGUCUCGUUCGCUGUGGCGAAAGAGAGAAUGCCGGCCCCUGCCAAAUCGAGGCCAGCUCAGGAGGGUUCCCUCCGCCGCUCCAUUGCCGGGUAUAGCAGCCCAAUGGACUCUGCUCUGUCCGCCGUGCUUCCCAGCGGGUCUCCGAGCUAUGGACCAUGAGACUGGUGGAGGGUGAGGGACGGCUGAGUUUGAAAAAUUGGCGCCCAACGACGAGCAGACGACGUUUCUCGCGGCUGCCGCUGACGAAGGGUCGGCAACUCUCGCCAGUGAACUGUGGAGCGUCGUCUGUCGUUUUGCUGGAACUCUGAAACCGUUGAGCCGUGAGCUUGUUGUGAACCUUUGACGCUGACCCGUCAGCGAGGUGCUCCCGUGCAAUGACAUUGUGGCAGUGUUUUAGAGAUCCGUGGAGAGCAGCAUGAAGAACCGGCGACGCGUGUAAAUAAGGAUUAGCAAAACUUGGCUCUCGACUAGUCCGCGGAAAAAGCAUGGCUUCGCCACACGAACCAGUCUUGACAACGCACAUGGUGGCUCAUGCUGUGCGAACGCUGUUCCUUAUCACCUUGUACUGGGAAGGCGUGUCACCAUCCUUGCAGCCAUCGAUACACAAGGAACUCAACCAGAACGAGCUAGUCGACUUGUUUGAUGUGCACUCCCAUGCAGAUGUGCCAGAGUACCAGGUGGUUAAGGUUCGUCUCAAGCGAUACUUGGAACCGUCGGCAACGCGAACAUCACAGUAUCGCGCAAGCAGUCAAGAGUCCGGGAAGCUACUCUACUACGCCCACAUUUUGGGACGAAACCUUGAGAUGAACUUGAAGAAGAACCAGGCCCUCAUAGCCCGGAACCUCAGAGUGGUGCGUAAAACGCUGGGAGGAAGAGAGAUCCCACUAUCGCUGAGGAGAACCAACUGCCACUACCUAGGAGUCAACGGCAGCGUCGUAGCCGCUUUCAGCGAGUGCGACUAUGAUGGUGGAAUCUCGGGCGUGAUCCUGCUGCCCGAGGAAGCACUCCAGGUGAAACCCGUUCCUAGCAGGCUGCGCCACCUGGUGCCCGACGUGGCCCACAGAGAGUCAGACCCGCCCCGGCAGGCGCUGAUUGAGACGGAAGACGUCCCACACGUACUCUUCACCGCGCCGCCUCCGCAGCACAAGUCUUCGAGAGUUGUGGACAACCGCGUCUACACUGAGAAGACGUUGCAUCCGUGGCAAAACAACGAUCGGUUUCCCUGGUCGUCGAAUCCCAAGACAGCGCGUACGUCCAGGCCGACAGUUCGAAUACGCCAGCCAAGCCUGCGGCCGACAGGAUGGCCUCAGAGGUACCCACAUCCGGACAGGCGAAAACAAGGCAGCAACAACACCCGAAGGCGCACAGGCUCGAGCGGUUCCCGCAAGAACGGCUCCAACGUUGCUUCCAGCACCAGAACACGGCCUGUAAAAUAUCACGACGAGCGGCAAGGCACCAGUGGCGCCGGCGCAAGAACAGAGCGGAGAGCCAAGUUCCUGGAGCUUGCGUUAUUUGUCGACGAGAAGGCCUACCUUAGCUUCCUGCACUUUCUGGGUAGCGAACAGAGGCUCAUGGACUUCGUCCUGGGAUACCUGAACCAGGUGCAGGCAAUCUACGUGCAGCCUUCCCUGAGAGAGAAGAUCUACAUAUCACUUGUCCAUCUUGAACUGCAGGAAACGCAGCCGGCUGACUUGCCACACUAUAACGGGAACCGGGACCUGCUGUUGUCGUCCUUCUGCAAGUAUCAGGCACACAGGAACCUUGCCGAAGAAUCCCGCUGGGACGCUGCCCUCUACCUUUCAGGGUUGAACUUUUUCUCUAUCGAAGAAGGCCGAAGAAAUGUCGUGACAAUGGGGCUAGCCCCCGUGGGUGGCGUCUGCCACCGGGACCACAACUGUGUCAUCACUGAGAUCGGCACGACUAGCGAUGCGGGAAAGCCGUACGCCGCGGCCGGCUGGACAUCAGCGUACGUCGCUGCGCACGAAAUUGGACACAAUCUUGGCAUGCUGCACGACGGCUGGCCCCACAACGACUGCCCGUCCAACGGCUUCAUCAUGUCCCCGAGCCGGGGCACCAAAGGAGAGACCACGUGGUCUCCUUGUAGCGCCCUCGUCGUCCACAAGAUGGGGGACAGGACAUGCCUGUCGAACAGACCGGACGGAGUGACCGGCCUACCAGACCUAGACGAUCCACAGAGUCUUCCCGGACAGGAAUGGGAUGCCCACGACCAGUGCAAGAUAUUUCUCCGGGACCACGAUGCCCUGCUGUACAACACGAGUCUAAUAAGCAAUGUCUGCGAGCAAGUCAUCUGCAGGACGCACAAUCGCCAAGGCUACUACAAGGCCGGGCCUGCUCUGGACGGAACAUACUGUGGCGACCACAACUGGUGCCUUCACGGUCAGUGCAUGCCAGCCCGCGCUGGCUUCCUGAAGACUGUGACUGGCGGAUGGGGUCCCUGGCGACGUGAUUCCUGCCACUCUGGCUGCCUCGACAACGCCAAAGGAUUCAGCCGGGAUCGUCGUCGUUGCGACCGGCCAAAGCCGCGCAACACGGCUACCACCUGUCGCGGGGACUCGGUCAGAACGAGACUCUGCGACGACUCCAAGAUCUGCCAGCGUCGGGAGAACCCUGUGGUCUACGCAAGUCGCAAGUGCGCAGAAUGGAAGACCCUUGUCCAGGACCUAUCCUCGAAAGGAGCCCAAGUCAGGCACAACCCGACAGCCCGACCCUGGCAGGCGUGCGCCGUCUACUGCAAAAUCACGAACGGGCCCUGGUACACGCCGCGGACCGAACUGAACGACCUCGGCGGAUCCUUCUUCCCGGACGGCACCUGGUGCCACAAUGACGGACGCCAGGACUUCUACUGCCAGAACCACGUGUGCCAAGCCGAGCCGCCGAAGACGUCCUCGUCCAAAGGACGCGCCCUGUGGCUCCUUCAAGACGUGGACGUCGAGCCACGUCUUCAGAAUGCUCGUCCCCUAUCGUCGCUGCGGGCGCCCCCGUCACCCAUCUACGACGCUGCAUUCAUCUACGAGGAAGACUCUUCGCGACCUGUCGGCGUCGUUCAGACGACGAGUGCAGGCGCGGGCUCCGACGACGCAGAAGACCAAGAAUACGCGGACAAAGAUUACGUCACGAUAUCCGACAAGCCUAGAUAAUACUAUACGGUAGAAAACUGGAGCGACUUUAGCAGAUUCGAACUUUUGAGGCGUUCAAAGUCUGCCAGACGACCAGGAGUAGGCGGACAGUGACUAUGGCAGGCCACAUGAAACUCUAGAUUACACUAUAUGCUGGACAACUAGAAGCAUUCUAAUAGGGACUUUGCACAAGUUUUAUCUACGCAGACAGAGAGUGCACGGUCUAAGACGGCAUCACAACGUUUGGAAGACCUAGAUGAUACUACGUGUUAGCCAACUACAGGUGUUUCUGCAGGCUCAAAUGUUUCGCGAAUGUCAUCGACCAGGAGAGUACCGGCAGUACGUGGGCAAAUGUUACACGCCUCUGCGUGAGAAGCUCAAAAAGCAUCAUACCAUGACUAAUUUGAGGUAUUUUCAUAGGUUUAGUCAUUUCAGACGCUCUAACGACAAAGUGUAUGUGGACAAAGCCUACGUCAUACAAUAGCGAGCGAGCCAAGAGCCGAUUGUGGACUAGACGCAUUUUCCACUGGUUGAAACUACUGGUGGCAUUUAAUCACGCAAACCUCCGCUUUAGUUUCUCGAAGCAAAAUAUCAGUUCUUCACAUUGCCAUUGAUGAUUAUGAUAGUUAUGCUGGACAACCCAACGUAAUAAUGCCUUCCAUAGACCAAGGGUAAUUUAAACAAAUUCUGCGACUAUUAUAUAACACAACGCAACUGAUCGUGCUAACCCAACUUCAUGAUCGUGCAGCGCAGCAUAAUAUGUUGUGAAGUGCGCCUCUUCGGUGCCUCGCUAACACACCAUCUAAUACGCUUCAGAUCUUUAUAUGAGUCGAGAAGGAGCCAAACAGAAUAUGCACUUAAGUAACAUAGAAAUGGCAACGGCUUCAUUUGCGAGAGAUAAACCAGCGGUCAGCGAUAUCUUAACUUAGGUGCCUUGACGCUUGCAGGCACGCUCAAGAGAAGAUUAGAACGCUAUUCGGGUGUCGUAAGUUUUUUACUCUCUUCUUUUUCGAGUUCAGGAUACUUGGUUGUCGAACGCUUUUCUUUUUAUUUUCGCAAACUAAAAUGACCUACAAUGUGAAUGAUCUGCAACUCCCGUAGCUACGAAAAUACACAUCACGUGUUGCCCCUGAAACCAGGAUGAAUAAGCUGUACUUCGAGCCAGCGGCCUCAACCGAUCAUCCCGUGCAAGUACUUGGCUUGCAGUUUCGAAAUGCUUGGCUGUGCUCUAUGACGUGUGGCCACUAUUUUUCCGAUGGAAACUGAUGGCUGAACUUUGGGGCUGACGCGUUUGUAUGCAAGAGACAGCGCGUUUUACCGCGAGAUUUCACAACCUGCACUUAGGUGCCUUUGUUCAAAACGUCCAAAUUGUCCUGCGAAACAAUAUCCUUAGCGCGAUGUAAGUAUUUCAUCUCAUGUGCCAAGGAACCGAAGAAAGAACGAUCAUUAGAAAUAUGGUGGCGCUAACGCUUCUGAGUUCAUGUCACGUCAUGCAGUGCGAAUUCAAUAUUCCGAUAUGUAUGUAGAAGGAACAAACUUUACAUUGCCAGCCACACUUUUUAAAUUUCCUCGAAGCCUGAAUAACAAAGAGCAAUUGAAACUAUGGAAACAUUAGAGGAAUAACACCGAUGCUGUUGAUAAGCUUGCUGAUAAGUCCUGAUAAGGAGCAGUCGGUGCGUUACUCGGGCGGUUGUGAUGCUCGCGCGAACGAGGAGCUGUGACGGCACUCCUGCAUGAGAGAAACCUCCAGGACACGUCUCCUCUGUGCACGACGAACGCAGGCGUCAUUCACAAAUAAACAAGCACAGGCGACCUACCAUUCAAUGACUGCAUGAGACGGCGAAGGCGGCAAGCAAGAAAAGUGACAACCAGAGAAAGGUAACACCACUGGCCUCCAGACACUUUAUGUGCUUUGAACCAAAACCCCGUCACUAUGGUGUCAAACAAGAACCUCCAAGUUAAUCUAGUCUGCUUUGUAUCAAGAAGCACAUUCCAAGCCUUUGUACUGUUGUUUUUUGUGUGUCUUUACUUUGUAAAUAAACAAGGAGUG